CAACUUCUUCUUCUUCUACCUUACAGACCCAAUAAUUUCUCUUUAAAAUAACCCCCAAAAAAUAAAAUAAAAUAUAAAAAAUUUAAAAGGAAAACGGAAAAAAAAAAUCGCCAUUUUCGUCCAUUACUGACCAUGCUCUCAGACUCAGCAGCAGCGUCAGCACUUCCAUCCUCAGCUCCUGAGGCGGCGCCGCCGCCGCCUCCACAACCGCCGUCUUCGGACGAGGACUUCUUUUCCUCAGCCUCCGUACCCUCCACCUCUUCUUCAUCCGAAGAGGAGAAGCAGAAUAAUUUGACUCCCUCGCGCUCUCCCUCGGCGCCGCAGAUCCCCAUUUCAUGGCCGGAAGACGGAAUCUUAACCCUAGAUUGGGUCACGGACCUUAUGCUGACCUUCGACUGGGCUUCCAGGAAUCUGCCCCCCGCGGAUCUCCCCACCGUUCUCCCCGUCGAGGUCUUCGAUCGCCUUGUCCUCACGGCCUCGAAGAUCCUGCAUAAGGAGCCCAAUUGUGUCGGGAUCGAUGAUGGGUCGGGUCUGGGCCCGGGUUCCCGUGUCGUGGUGGUCGGGGAUGUUCAUGGGCAGCUGCACGACGUGCUUUUUCUGUUGAGGGACGCUGGGUUUCCAGGUGAGGAUCGGUUCUUUGUGUUCAAUGGGGACUAUGUCGAUAGGGGAGCAUGGGGUCUUGAGACCUUUCUUCUCUUGUUGGCUUGGAAGGUUUUCAUGCCUCAGAGAGUGUACCUACUUCGUGGAAAUCAUGAAUCCAAGUACUGCACUUCUGUUUAUGGCUUUGAAAAAGAAGUUCUUGCCAAGUAUGGGGAUAGAGGAAAACAUGUCUACAGAAAGUGUUUGGGUUGUUUUGAAGGACUGCCUCUUGCAUCCAUCAUUGCUGGUCGUGUUUAUACUGCACAUGGGGGUGUUUUUCGCAGCAUUGCUGUUACUCCAUCUAAAAGAGCUAAGGGGAAGAAGAGCCGCAGAAUAAAUCUCAACCCUGAUAUCACUACUUUAUCCCUUGGCUCCUUUGAGGAGCUGGCUAAAGCUAGGAGAUCCGUCCUUGACCCCCCAUGGGAAGGUUCUAAUUUGAUUCCCGGUGAUGUCUUGUGGUCUGACCCAUCCAUGACCAAUGGUCUUUCCCCAAAUAAGGAAAGGGGCAUAGGUCUUUUAUGGGGUCCAGAUAUGACAGACGAAUUCUUAAGGAAGUGCAACCUAAAGUUGAUCAUCAGGUCACAUGAAGGUCCAGAUGCAAGGGAAAAGCGGCCUGGUCUCGGAGGAAUGGAUGCAGGGUACACUAUAGAUCAUGUCGUGGAAUCUGGGAAAUUGAUCACAUUGUUUAGUGCGCCAGACUAUCCGCAGUUUCAGGCUACGGAAGAUAGGUACCGAAAUAAAGGAGCAUACAUCGUAUUGGAACCUCCUGAUUUCGACACUCCCAUUUUCCAUAGCUUUGAUGCAGUUACUCCCAGACCAAAGGCAAAUCCAUUCUAUGAUUUUGAAGAUGUCAUUGAUUCUGAUGAAGAGUUGGAUUUGGCAUCUAUGGUCACAUCAUGAUGAUGGUGUCUCGAGGCCAUUGUAUAAAAACAGAAGAUUUGAAGGCAUAACAACAAUAGUUCCAGCUGGUUGAGGAUGAUAGGAACUUGGUUAACUUCAAUCCAAUGGCGAUUUAGGCUCGAAAUGGAGUUUUGUAUCAUGACAUCCAUCGAAAAUAUGUAUUUUUUGGUUUUAUUUUUGUGAUGCUUCAGUUUACAUUUUCCUCCUCUGAUCUAGCUGACCUAUCAGAAUAUGGAAGGGUCUUUAAUGGUUUGCUUGUGUAUUGUACCAACAUAUGUUGUAUACUGAGUAAUCAUUAAACUUGUUGUCUCAGAAAACAAUUCUGUUACAGAGAUUA